GUGUUAUCUCCUCCAUUCCAUGCCAUUCCAUUUCCAUUCCACUUCUGCCGCCUUCUCGUCAAAUCUCCAACUCAACGGAGAGGCAGAAGUAGAAGCGGAAGCAUGGCUCCUUCCUCCUCCUCCUUUCUCCCGUCGAAUCUUUUGGUGCUGCUCGGGCUGAGCCUCGCCGGCGUAAUCCUUAUGACGCGGCGCCUCCGGCGGCGCGUCCCGAAGGAGGACCUCGGCGCCUUCGUCCAGCGUCUCCAGAUUCUCCCACCGCCUCCACCCCCGCCACCCAAGGCCCCCCACCCAUUGACCGGCCUCACCUUCGCCGUUGCCGACAUAUUUGAUAUUGAAGGAUAUGUGACUGGGUUUGGCAACCCGGACUGGGCAAGGACACAUGAAUUUGCAACGAGAACAUCUCCAAUUAUUUUGACUCUUGUGGAUGGUGGCGCUAGUUGUGUUGGAAAAACUGUCAUUGAUGAGUUAGCAUAUGGCAUAAGUGGUGAAAACAAACAUUACGAUACUCCUGAGAAUCCUUCAUCUCCUGAGCGAGUACCAGGAGGAUGUUCAAGUGGGUCAGCUGUAGCUGUUGCUAGUGGCUUGGUAGACUUCUCCUUAGGUGUUGACGCUGUUGGUGGAGUGAGAAUACCCGGGGGAUAUUGUGGCAUUUUAGCUUUCCGGCCUUCUUAUGGUGUUAUUUCUAAUAUGGGUGUUAUUCCUGUUUCCCCUAGCCUGGACACAGUUGGAUUAUUCUCCAAGGAUCCUAAUGUGUUGCAUCGGGUAGCUCAUAUACUGCUCCAGCUUCCAUAUGGCGGUUUGCGCCAACCUAGAAGUAUAAUCAUUGCAGAUGACUGUUUUGAACUGUUGAAGAUACCAGCGAGUAGAGUGACUCAGGUGCUGGUCAAAUCUGUAGAGAAGCAGUUUGGAAGGCGACUUCUAAAGCAUCUUAAUCUUGGAGAUUAUUUGUCUUCAAGAAUCGAUAGUUUGAAGCAUCUUCAAAAUGGAAAAAAGAAUGACGAGUCAACAAGCACACUCUUAUCACUUGCAAAUGCUAUGCGAUCACUUUACAACCAUGAGUUUAGGAAUAGCCAUGAUGAGUGGAUCAGCUCUACUAAGCCUGUCCUAGAUCCUUUUAUAUCAGCACAAAUAAAUAGAUCGUCAGACAAUACACUUGCACUUGAUUGUUGCCAUUCUGCAAGAGAUAAGGCACGCUUGGCCCUAUAUUCUCUUCUAAAGGAUGAUGGCAUACUUGUUCUCCCUACAGUGUUAGGACUUCCUCCAAAGCUUAAUGCAAAGGAAAUAUCAUCAGAAAAAUAUCUUUCUUAUACAUUUUGCCUGUCUUCUGUUGCUAGUAUGUCAGGUUGUUGUCAGGUCACUAUACCCAUAGGAAUACAUGAAAAAACUCCAGUCUCACUUUCCUUCAUUGCCAGGCAUGGAGCAGACUCCCUCUUGCUAGAUACUGUCAAGUCAAUGUAUGCUAUUUUACAGGAACAAGCUAAUAUAGCAUCCAAGUCCAGCUUUUCAAAAAGCAGCAUUAGCAAGGAAGAAUCUGCUGAAAUUGCAAAAGAAAAAGGUAAUGCUGCUUACAAAGAUAAGCAAUGGCAAAAGGCUAUAAAUCUAUACACCGAUGCAAUCCAACUUAACGAAAAGAGUGCAACAUACCAUAGUAAUCGAGCUGCUGCAUAUCUUGAAUUGGGAAGUUACCUUCAAGCUGAAGCGGAUUGCACUGCUGCUAUCAACCUUGACAAAAAGAAUGUUAAAGCAUAUCUACGAAGGGGAACUGCCAGGGAGAUGUUGGGCUACUAUAAAGAAGCAAUUGAAGAGCAGCCCGGUGCACGAAACUCUCGCCAUGCGGGGUCCCGGUGAAGGAUCCAUUGUACGCAACCUUACCUUGUUUUUUGCAAGAGGCUGUUUUCAAGAUUUGAACCCGUGACCUUUUGAUCACAUGGCAACAACUUUACCAUUGCGCCAAGGCUCUCUUUCUAUCUGAAUUCUAUUUCAUGUAAAAUAUUAUGAUCAGAAUCCGAAAACAAACAGGUCGCGAUAACAUGGUAAUGAUUUCUGGCUUGGGUGAAGUUGAAGUAACCUUUACAAGUUUGAUUGUUUCCUUUCCACCUAAAUUUUGAUUAAAUUUUUAGUUGAUUGCUGAACAUUCUAUUGUCAUACUGAAUUACAUUGAAGAGAGGAGUUGAGGGAUGCUGGCGAUGAUGAAUUUAUUUGGGUUGAUGAUGGCCAAUGGAUUUAGGUGAGUUGACAUAGAUUGUGUUUGAUUAGCCUAAACCAGAAGCUGAUUUGGAACAAGUUCACCAUUACAUUUUAAUUGUUGUCUAAUGUUUUUUUUACUUGGCGCUAGGUAUCAAUUGUUGUCUAAUGAACAUUAUUUUCGAAGCAUAUAGCCAUUAUUUGAUGGUGAUUGUUGUAGAAGAUCAUGCCAUUAUUUGUUGUUUUAUGGUAAAUGAUUAUACUGUGUUGCUUGAAGUUCUUGUCAUUCAUUGAUUAUUGUUGUGAUAAAUGGGUAUACUUGCUGUUUGAAGUUGAAAGGUUAAGAUGUUGGCAUUAGUGCUUGUCAUUUGAGGUGUCGUGCUAUCAUUCAAGAGUAUCUAAUCAAAGUGUUCCGUGCUAUCAUUCAAGAGUAUCUAAUCAAAGUGUCCCCAUGGGAUGCACAGUCGUUAACUACUUGAGGUCAAUUUUUAGUGGUGAAAUGUUUCUUGACUUCCUUACCUUCCUCAUGCAGGUCCACUAUGUCAAGAGCAAAGUCUGAACUCCAGGUGAACAUAUGACCUUUUGUCUAUCAAAGUAGUUCCAUUGUCUGUUUCAAAGUUGAAGAUUUCAAUGCUAGAGAUCAAGUGUUGUAUUAUUCGGAUUAAAAAUUAAUAAUAAAAAAACGGAGGUGAUGAUGCGAGAAUUAGAUUAA